UUGCCGGUUUACAAUCCAACACUGUCUGUUUCUCUCAUUCGUCACUCAAUCAUCUUCUUCCCUUCCCUUUCAAACCUUCUACCUUUCUCUCUCCUCUAAAUUCAAAGCCCUAAAUUCUCUGCACAUUUCUCACUACCAUAACAAAACUAAGCCCUAGUAUUUUGGAGGGAAAAAUGGCGUCAUCUAAGGUGAUGCCUUCAACCUCCAAUUCUACAAAUUCGGAUCUCAAUUAUAAUCAUCAUAAUCAUAAUCUUAAUCUUAAUAAUCAUCAUUAUUAUACUAAGAAUUCUUCAUCGUCUUCUCAAAUGAUCUCCGAUUUUGCCCCCGCAAACGUUGUUUACGCCGAUAAUCCGGUUGAAUCGGGGAUGGAUACGGCGUUGCUUGAUGCGGAGAUUACCCUGAUUGACGCGGCGGGGGCAAUUUCUGCAAUUGGGGCUGAGGAGGAGGAGACGGUGGCGAUACGACGGCAGACUGGCGAGAGGAAGACGGCGGAAGAGGUUUGGAGGGAGAUUGUAGCGGGGAAGAGUGAGAGGAAGGAGUUUAAGGUGGAGGCGGUGGAUGAGAUGAUGACUUUGGAGGAUUUUCUGGCGAAGGCAGGGGCGGAGAUGGAGGGAGAAGUGGCGGAGGAGGUGGUGGAGGAGGACGUGAAGGUUGGGGUUUCUGGGGAUUUGGAGAUGAGUGAUAGUGGAGGGCUGUUUGAUUUUGAUCAGUCGUUGGUUCAGUGUUCUUAUCCACCACAACCGCAGCCGAUGGAAGCUGCCUUGGGUGGUGUGAUGGUGUAUGGGAAUGGUAGUGGUGGUGUAGGAGGAGGGAUGGAGGUGAUGGGUGGAGUGAGAGGGAAGAGAAGAGGUGGGCCCAUUAUGGAGCCGUUGGAUAAGGCUGCUCAGCAGAGGCAAAGGAGGAUGAUCAAGAAUCGGGAGUCUGCUGCCAGGUCUAGGGAGCGCAAGCAGGCUUAUCAAGUUGAGUUGGAAUCGUUGGCUUUGAAGUUGGAGGAAGAGAAUGAACAGCUAUUGAGAGAAAAGGCAAAGAGGAAAAAUGAAAGGUUCAAGCAGCUCAUGGAAAAAGUAGUCCCAGUCGUGGAGAAGAGAAGGCCACCGCGUGCUCUAAGGAGAGUUCGGUCAAUGCAGUGGUAGUCCCAAUGGGUUGGUAUUUGAUUGGGCGAGCAAUCUCAUCAAUGAAGCCUUGUUUACGAGUGAGAGCUUACCUAUUUAAAAGCACACUUAUUCUUGACAUGCUGAUAGAAGAAGAUGAGUGUAGAUGUAAAAGUUCACUUAGCUAGAUAAGGAGAAGCCACUUAACCUGACUGUUAGUAGCAGUAACUCCUAAUAGAAUAUGUCUAAUAGUAUAAAUCAGUUGAAUAUAGAAAGUUCAUUUGUGGUUAACGUAUUUGUAAAUUUAUGUGUAGAAAGAAGGAUUACAAAUAUCUGAAAUUUCUGUCUCCAACUUUUUUCAUAUCUCAACAAAUAAAAUAUCCAAGUCUGGUUUACGGAGAA